AUGGGGUGGGUCUUUCCCCUCCUGAGCUUCGCAUCACUACCUACACCCCUCCUCGCAAUAAGCUACUCUUCUCUUCGUUCACGCUGCCAUUCAAGUACCAGGUCAAGCGCAAUCUGGCAAGAAACCUAUCACUCGCCCACGCUAUUGCAGCAAUCGUUCAUAUCCAGCGUCCUGAAGAACAUCACGAUGGACCAUCAAGAAGGAUUCGAACAAGGAACUAUGGCACGGAAGAGAAAGCAUACCGAUGACCAGCAGGAUGACUCGAAGAUGAACUUGUUGAGCGCUGAGAACAAACAUCUGCAAGCUGAAAUCAAGCUCCUGAAGGACUGGCUGGCAGACCUACGCGACUCCAUCGCGAGUAGAGACAAGUUGGUCGGCGCGCUCGAAAAGAUGCUCGACACGGCUAAUAAAGAGAAUGAGCGGUUGCGAGAGAGUCAAGCUAAACCGAAGACUCCUGAGGAUACCAGAUCUCUGACCGAGCGGCUUCAAAAUCAACAUUUUGACGCAGCUCAUGCCCGUUUCUACCCCAAUGCCAGUACUAAGCCUAAAUGA